AUGACACUUUAUGAAUCUCUUAAAUCAAUUGGAAAUCCCAAAAUGACAUCUAUUUCCCAAUCAUCAUAUUCCAGUACUUCUACAUCAACAGGUAUAUCAAUUCAAUCAACCAAUCAAAUAUCUGGAGCAGGAACUGGAAUAGUUGUUGUCUCUGAAGAGAUUUAUAAUCAUUUAAAGGGUUUAUGGAAUAAGUUACGUCCUUAA